AUGUCUUCAUAUAAGAACGUCGCUCUUGUUGGAGCAAGCGGAAGCGUCGGCCGGUCCGUUUUAAACGGACUACUCUCCUCCCCAACCGACUUCAAAAUCACAAUCCUUGUCCGAGAAGGAUCUACCUCCAAGAUCACCCAAGAAGGCCAUGCCGCUAUCAAGGUCCUUCGCGGCGACUUUAACGAUGACUCCUUCCUCAAGGGCACGCUGGAAGGGCAAGAUGCACUUGUUAUUUCCCUAGAUGUGACACCAGAUACUCUUAUAUUGCAGAACAGAUUGGUGGAUGUCGCUGCCGCUGUUGGGGUUAAGCGAAUCAUUCCUAGCGAAUACGGAAGUGAUACUACCAAUCCCAAGAUUUUGGAAGCUGUUCCCAUAUUCCAAGGAAAAGUGGACGCCGUGAAGCACCUUGAAAGUAUUGCCGCCAAGAGUCCUGCUACCAGCUGGACUGCUAUUGUCAACGGCCCCUUUUUGGACUGGGGCAUGGAACGGAACGUCUUCGGCUUCAACCCCUCAAAGCGUACAGCAACAUUGUACGACAGCGGCACCACCAAAUUUGAUUCCAUAAACAUCACGUCUUUGGGAGCUGUUGUCAGCGGCAUUCUCACAAAACCAGACAGUUUCAAAAACAGAUAUGCUUUCGUUUCCGACUUCACCAUCUCCCAGAACGAUAUCUUCGAAGCAUUGCUCAAGACCACCAGGACUUCUCGGGAAGACUGGAAGAUUACCCAUCGCAUAACGCAGGAUCUUCAGAAGGAAGGGUUUGAGAAGAUUGGAAAGGGUGAUUUCAGUGGUGCAUUAGAUUUGAUCUUUGCGGCUCUUUUCCGUGCCGGGCUUGGAUCGGAUUAUUCUGCUACACACAAACUUGAUAAUGUGACGGUGGGACUUGCACAAACUGCUGAUUUGGUUGCUACUGUGGAGACUGUCUUGGGUAGAAAGUGA